CCUGAACUGCUAGUUCAUGCCGACGCUCAUGUCCUGGUUCCGGGGCCCCUACUUCCUCUUCCCUGUCAUUCGCCACGGGUUUCCACCUGCAGAAACCAGGAGUUCCGACCGACUUCAACAGUGGCAACCAGCCAUCUGGUCUGUUGCCAGUACAGUGUAUCUGCUAUCUGCCCUGUCUUCGAGUACUCCUAGAUACUCCGUAGUCAGUCUAGUAUACGCUGUAUACAAUCUAGGUUUAGUGCCUGCGUGCGUACAGGAUCCGGACUGGAGUCCCUACGCAGGCACAGCACAUUGGCCAAUUGGUCCUGUCCAAGGCCCAACGGUCCACUGUUUCCCGCCGCCCGUUCUGUGAUCGGCACGUUGAUGCUGUGAGUAUUAUUUGGCUGGGACGGGGUCAUUCGGGUGAGAAAAAAAAAAGUCAACGUAAACAGAAUUGUCGAUCGGUUCCGAUUCACAUACACAAUGCUACGUAGUAAGUAUGAUCCUACUCCGUAGAUGUAGACAGGCUUAGACAAGGCUUAUUGGCAAUGAACCAUGGUCGACGGAUGGAUUUCGGAGCCGGUUUGCGAUAAACCUAAGAAAGGGUCGGAUUGAGUAAGG